AUGACGUGGCAAGCCCAGCAACGACCAGCUCGACGAUUCCCCGUUAGCAGCCCCACCGUCGUCUUUUCCGACGGCGGCCCUCUAGCUGCAAUGGUGCUGGUGCGGGUGGAUCUGUGGGUGAUGGUGGAAGGCAUCGUCUGGUCCGGCUUCGACGGCAUCGGGUACGUUCUGGAUGCGUCCAGGGGCUACGUGCCUGUGUGCAGAGCUGCGGUGACUUCUGGCUUGGCAAAGGUUGUAGUCACGAUCGUCGCCGCGCAGGAUGUCCCCGUGACUGUUCGUUUCGUCCAUCCGGUGCUCAACUUGCCAUCGUUAAGUACUGCCCGCACUUGUGGACAGAAAUCAUGA